GGGAGAGAGAGAUAUUUCAGUGUGCGAUAGAGAGAGAAAGAGUAAGCCGUGGUAGUUGUGCGUGCGCGCCCGUUGUGUGCGCAAGGUUUUACUUUUUGAUAUUAUUUUCCCCUGCCCUGUCGUGUCCCAGGCGGAAGGGCGAAGGGCAGUGUGCGAGAGUGUGUGUGUAUGUGCGCGCUAUAGCACAGUGUUCGUUGUGGUGUAUGGUGUUGUGUUUCUUCACGAGCGUUGCGCUGCUACUACUGCUGCUGCCAUCAUCAUCAUCAUCAUCAUCGUCUUUUCGACUCAAGGAGCGCGGUCUAACCGUGUGUUGUGUUGUGUUGCAUUUCGCUCGCAUAGGAAACUCUCGCUAAAUAUCUCAAGAUGGCCACGAGCGAUGACGAACAUUUCCAUCUGUACGAGGUGUUUCAGAAUUGCUUCAACAAAAUCGCCAACAAGCAGCCGCCUGAAAAGGCAGGCUACCAAUCACCAUAUGGCGGCAUGGACAAUGGCGUGUACGCACAGGAGGAGUACACGCACGAGAGUCCGGUUUCGGGUGGGCAGCGAUAUACGUCACCGAAAACGGGAGGCGCACUGUAUCAACCGGAACCGUAUUAUGAUUCCCCCGGUGGCUCCUGGUAUGCGUCUUCAUCGAGCGGAGCGUACGCGCCACAUUCCGGCACCGGCGGUUACCACAACGUAGGGCAUGGUGCCCAUCUCGGCGGUGGAGCUGGUGGUGGACCGCAGCACAACCAUGACCAGUAUGCCAUGUCUCCGGUCGGCGUUCCACACAUGGAUGGCGGCCACCUUUCACAGAAUCAAACGCAAACACUUCCACCGAUGAGCACGUUCCGAGGCAAUAACGCACAAAUACCGGCUAUUGGUACGCAGGGACAGAACUCACCCGCAAUCUACAACGCAAUCGCUGCCGGUCAUCACAAUCAGCAUGCGCAACAUAGUCCAAUUGUACAAAACGACACGCUGGUCGGCAAGGCACUACAGACGAUGUACCCAACCGAUCAGAGCAUAAGCAGUUACGGUUCCAACCCCAACACACCAGUGAACUCACCUCCACCCCUAACGUCCCAGCAGCAGCAGCAGCAGGCACAGCAACAAGUUCAGCAACAGUCCCAGCAAACGACACAGCAAAGUAUUCAUGCCGCCGGUACGGUGCCGGGCAGUGGUGCGAGUGGGGCAACCGGUGGUGGUGGUGGUGGCGGUCCCGCUUCCGUCAGCGUUGCAUCGGCGGCCACUGCGGCGGCAGUGGCGGCAGCGGGCGGUACCUGGCAGCAGAUCAAUCCGGUGAUCAACAGCAACGGUGGCGGUCCGGCCGUGCUCAACAGUCUAUCGAACGGUUCCUACGCUCCCGAGCUAGUGCAUCGAGGUCUACCACAUAUGGCAAAUUCCCCCGAGAUACUAGACGAUGCGAUCGUGUCGCUACUAAGAGAGCAUGAAAAUGUCGCGCAGGCCUUGCAAGGGUCACGCAUGGAGGAACGGCUGGACGAUGCCAUCAACAUACUGCGGAAUCACUGCGAACCGCAGGUCGGUGUGUCGCUCUCUUCAAUCGAUCCUGCCGCCACCGUUUCGCCGUACUCGACCGGCAGUGCGCCGAUCAUUCCACCCUCCUCCCAGCUGCAGCACGACGCACCGGCCGAACUUUCCACCGUCCCUGUGAAAACGGAACGACUCCCCGGCAGUGCGCCGGCGGUGUCCGUGAACAACAUUUAUCAUUUAUCCUCAGAGAAACGUAAAGAACCGCCAGAUUCCGAUACCAAACCUAGCAGCUCCGUGCAGGGAACGGCGAAAGGUGCCAAACGGCAGCGCAAGUAUAGUAAAACCUCGCGCAGUUGUUCUAGUGCUGACGACGACGACGAUGACGACGAUCUCGAUCCGCUGGCAAAGGAUCGAAAGGAGAGGGAGCGAAGGCAAGCCAACAAUGCCCGGGAAAGAAUACGUAUUCGGGAUAUUAAUGAAGCGCUGAAGGAAUUGGGACGCAUGUGCAUGUCUCAUCUGAAAUCCGACAAACCACAGACCAAGCUGGGUAUACUGAACAUGGCUGUUGAAGUGAUAAUGACGCUCGAACAACAAGUGCGAGAGCGGAAUCUAAACCCAAAAGCGGCAUGCUUAAAACGGCGAGAAGAGGAAAAGGCUGAGGACGGUCCGAAGCUACCACCGCACAUCCUACAUCAAUCAGCCUACCCUACGCUACCUGGUGCUCCUCCAAGUCUACCGCAUAGUGGACCACCACAAUAGCAUACCAAUUUUACCUGCUUUAUUCGAAGAUAACAAGCCACAAUAGCAUCAACAGGAACACACUUACAAAAUCCGCACAACCAGUCCAAUAC